AUGCGAAAGGGUUUUUCGAAAGACGAGGAAGCUAAUCAGAAUACAUUGGGGGACGGGUCGAAUAGCGGAAACACGAACGUUAACAAUAACUUUGACAGUCUUGAUUUAUUAAAUUUGCCUUUAAGCUAUUCAUCGGAUGACACCGGUGUCAAGGACCGAAGACGCAAAUCCAGACAUUACAGUCGUGUGGACAGGGAAGCAACCGGUGACGAAUUCCAUCGUCAUCCUGUCGUUUCACAGGAACAAAGGGCAAACCAUUACAAUCCUUCAGGAGAUAAUUUGGAACAAGGGCCACGUCCCUGUCGAGAUAAAAGCAGGCAUAAAUUACAUUGUGACGGAUGUGAAAGGACUAGGGAGGGCGAAAAGAGCGUUGUAUGUUUGUACAACAAUUACAAAGGAUUUAGUAAAGAGUCCUUACCGAGAACAGUCACUGAUGAGUUUCUGAUACCGCACUACAAGAAGAAGAACCACAACGAACGCAUCAAACACGAGGAUACCAAUCAGUACGAUUUAUUUACACCCCCAACAUCUUUUCACGCAAUUACCUUUAGGAACAAACAUAACAGGGAACGAGUUGCAUCUAAGGGCGGUGGGAGUUUUCCAUUCAGGGCGACAUCCAGCGGGAAUCUGAAGAUAAACUCGCAUCAGGUGGUUUUCGAAACGGACAAAUUCAGCGUACUAGUAGCUGAACCGAACAACACGAAAGUCAACAUUUCUGAACGGAAAAUCAACAACGCCAAGAUGCAGAAGGACUCCGAUUACAGCAAGAACUCGGCCAUCAAUGCAAUAAUGAAACAACAGGGACUAGGUUCGAGUCUGGGGUCUCUUCUGGUGGGUCGCUUCGCUGACGCUCCAAUCCGUAAAGAGAAGGAGUCAUCCGAGUACGAGGGAAAAGCCACCAGCGAAAUCCUCGAUCCGGAAUUGAAUUUGAAUCGAUUGGGAUACACCGCAACCGAUGCGAUCGAUUGGCACGAAGUAUUACUGCCUGAGAAGAAGAAUCUCUAUUUGGAGCUCUAUGCUAGGAUCACAAAUUUCACUAACGCUGAUUGUAAAGUGUACAUUGAUAAUGAAGAGUUUAAUUGCCAUUUACUCGUGCUGCAAUGUUAUUCCGAGGUGUUUCACACUUACGUUGCAGUCAAGAAAGUCGAACUUCCUUCUGAUAAAUGCAGCCCCGCUUCAUUUGCUUUCAUUUACGAAUGGAUGAUAACAGGAGAUCCUUCCUACAGAGAACUCAAUCGUGAAAAUGUGCUUGAUAUCUUUAACGCAGCGAAGUAUUUAAAGAUCAAAGAUCUAAUUGAACAAUGUUGGGCCUUCAUCGAUAAUCCUGAUGUGUUUUCUGAAGACACGGCUUUCCUUUUAUAUACCGACGCCAAAGAGAAAAAUCUUCCGGAAGUUCGAGAGCUCAUGUUGCCGCGCAUUGAAAAGUUCUUCUUGAUGUUGGUGAGCUCUCAGGAUUGGUUAGAACUGGAGUUGGAGGAUGUGCAAAACUUCUUGCAAUCCAAUUACAUUUGCGUCAAUUGCGAGAUGGAAGUGUUUAUGUCGGCUGUGCGUUGGUUGAAGCACGAUUGGGAAAACAGGGAUAAAUUCAAAACAGCUGUCCUCAGCUGCGUGAGAUUCGGUAAUUUAGCACCUUGGCAAUUGGUCGACAUCAAGAGGAAUCCCGAUAAUCCGGAGUUUAGGGAUUUGGCGAAAGAUCCUGAUAUUUGCAAGAUGAUUGACGAUGGAUUGGCAUUCGUGAUAAUCAAGUAUUGGUAUGGCCAGGAGAAUGAUGACUAUCAACAUUGGAACUCUAUAUUGGCGCUGAAGGAACCGCCAACUCGUAAUUGGAGCGGCACCGAGAAAACGUACUUCACGUACAGGGAAUUCUUAAUCUACUUGGAUCAGUACAGGAGGACGCAGAUGAUCGAGAAGUCUAAACCCAGGGAAAGCAAGAGGCCGAAGAGCAUGGAAGUUCGAGUGUCUCCGCGCGUUUCCAACGAGAAGAUGAAUAACAAGAUACCGACCAUCGACGAGUUCCUCACCUCCAGAAAACCAGGGGUAGGUCCUAAGAAAAUCAAUAACACUCCAUUCCGUCCGCACCAAAGGAUCGGAUACCAAGCUUACCAGAAGCUUACACAUAAGAGACAAAUCACCAAGAGGGAAGCAGUGAGAAUAAUAGAACGAGUAUACUUAAAGUAUCGAAUGAGGAAGAACGUGGUCGGUUUGGCGAAACGUUUGAGGAAAGUGGCAAGAAGAAGGGAUCCUUCCGCUGUUUUGCUAAAAAAGUUCUUCGAAGUGCCUAAACGACCUUCAUCUCUAUCAGGCCACUCGGAUCAUUAUCAAAGGUUUCCCAACAAAAAUGAAGCGACUGUGAUGCGAAUGGGAUUACCAAAGCAAUUGGAUUUCAAAGGGAAGGAGACUAGGAUCAAGAAACCGGAUUACGAGUUUAACACAAUCAACGAUGUUCAGCUGAAUGUGAAACGAAAAGAAUACUUGACGGAAACAUCCUUGUAUUAUCUGGAGCACGAAUCGGUUCUGGUAUUUGGUGGAAUCAAUGUGCACAACAAGUAUGGCAUUGGUAGGAAUACUGGGAAGGAUAUCUACAGGUAUUUGCCUAUCAACAACGACUGGGAAUACGUUGGUGAAAUGCCGGCACCGAGGACGCAUCACUGCGUGGCAUUCAUGUCGGGACGGAUCUAUGUCGUAGGUGGAUCGGAUCCGAGGGAGGACGAUGUCAAAGGCAAAUUCGUCGUCGUCGAUACCGUGUGGAGCUUCGAACCUGUAAAGCGAAUCUGGUUCACCGAAGGUAGUCUCAAUGUUAGGAGAAAGAACUUUGGUCUGGUGGUUUGUUCAAAGAUUUUGUUUGCUGUCGGUGGUCAAGAUAAGAAUUCCAGAGUAACCGAUUCAGUGGAAAAGUAUAACGCGAAUAGUGGUAUUUGGGACUUUGUGGCACCUAUGAGGCAUCCCCGAAUGGGUAUAGCUUGCACCACCUUCGAGGAGAGGAUAUGGGUUGGAGGUGGGAUGUGCGGAUCUUCUCAAAGACCUUUAACGGAUAGCGUAGAAUGCUAUGAUAUGGAAGCCAAUCAGUGGACAGAGAUUACAAGAUUGCGUGUCCCAAGAUGUUUCGCAACAUUCUUUGCCAUGUCCAAUAAUCUUUAUUUAAUUGCUGGAGCUGGAAGGCACAAGAACGCAGUAAACAAUACGAUUAGCUUUAGUAGCAUCGAUAUCUGGAACAAAGAGGAUCAAGUUUGGGAAGAGCAUGCUGAGAUGGAGGUGGCCAGACAUGGUCAUACCACUGCUUAUUUAGGAACGCAAAUCCUCAUUAUUGGCGGUGUGACCACCGUCUACAUGAGAUCUUUGAGUAGUAUAGAAUGCUUCUGCACCACACGAGGAACUUGGAUUAGAGGCAUGUCGACGUUACCGAAUUGUCUUUCAGGACACGCGACUGUUACACUACCUCCAGCAAUCCUGAUGUAA